GAGUUAGUAAGUUGUCUCGCAGUUUCAGUCAGGUUGGUGUUUUUAAUGUUGUUUUCAGGCUCACUUUGGGGGUAAGGGGGUUUUAGUAAACCAAAGCCGAUCGCCGACGGGCAAGAACCUGGAAAUUUGUAUUAUUAAUGAACACGGACUGAUGAAAACGCAGCAAGAGCGACAGAAAGGGUGUGCACACCCCCACAGAUCUGACAAGACGGCGAACAGCAUUCAUUUAAUUGUAAAACAUUAAAGAAAGACUUUCUAAUCAGCGACAUCGGAUUUCUUUGCAAAUCACCUGCUCAUCUGAAUUUUACAUCGUUGGUUUUUCAUUUUGUUUUGUUUUUUACCGCGGUAACAAACAGGAGACAUCUACGUUACCUAUUUAUCGCAGUGUAUGUGGUUUAGAUCGCUUGUUCUGAAUCUUGGGACACUUGUUGAAAUGUCAGAACGUAAGCUCUGCUGAAGUGUAAACAGACCGGGCAGAAAACCGACCACGUCUCUGUUCUGGACCAAUAACUACGAAUCCGAAAAACCUUGUUUUUAGCAAACGGAGGAGUGUUUCGCCUAGCUAGCUUACGACAAGCUAGCUAGCAAACUAACUACCUUUACCAGCGUAGUCGCCGUUGGAUAUUGUUCUGUGGAAUAGCAAGCCCUCUGCAUAUUGAUGGGAAGGAUUUUCUUACACGGUGGAUUUGCAAUUUUGCUUGUGGAUUCUUCUUUUUACAUCAAGGAACUCCUUCAAUCAGUUCACCAACUUAUGCAUUUUCCCAUGUCCAGAAUUUAGCUACAUAACGUUUGUUGUGACAUCGUAAUCUGAAUGUACAGCUAACGUUCGCGUACACAUUUCACUUUAUAAACCCUUUAAACAAAUUAUUUACAUUGCAGCUGACAAACCAGAAUUUAGUUUAAAACUCAAAGGGAUGUGACUAGCUAAUUAUUUAUGGGAGAUAUUAUUUUUGGUUGCAGGACAGCUGCCUGCAAUAUAAGAGCAAAUUUAUGAUUCUAAGAUGAAGGAAAUGGUUCAUCAAAUACAGAUAGAGAGUUAGCCAGUUUGCUGGCUAAACUGGUAUUCAAGCACGUUGACUUUGAGCACUUUUUAAUUUUUUCUAAGUUGGCUGAAAAUGGUGACACAACUCUGAACGUCCGUGUUAUAUUCAGAAAUAGUGAAAGAGCUUGCAAGCUAACAGAAUUUGCAUUAAUUACACAAAAAACUACCAAAUAUAUAUGUUAUAUUUUCGUUUACAAAUAUUUGUUAGCUGGUAGCCAGCUAGCCAAGUUACCAAACACCGUUAUUGUACUUUAGACUUGAUGGACUCGCAAAAAGAAAAAAGAAGAAGAAUGGAUUAAGAAAACAUUAUUGGUGUUUCCCUGUAACUUGGAAUCAUUGCAUUAAAUAAACUUGUGAAACUGUGCGGCCCUCACAAUGUCGGGAUCCCCGGGCUCCGGUGGUUCCAACCCAAGAAAAUUCAGCGAAAAGAUCGCGCUGCACAAUCAAAAACAGGCCGAGGAGACGCGGGCCUUCGAACAGCUUAUGACAGACCUCACCGUUUCUAGGGUUCAGUUCCAGAAGAUCCAGCAGCUACGCUUGAAUCAGACCCGGGCGCAGUACUAUGGUGGUUCGCUGCCCAACGUCAACCAGAUCGGAAACACCACCGCGGAAUUCCAGGGCGUGUUCCCCACUGGUCUGGACACGGUGCGAGGGACCCGCCACCACGGCUUGGUGGAGAGGGUCCACCGCGACCGCAACCGCAUCAAUUCUCCGCAUCGCAGGCCCGUGGACAAGCACGGCAGGCAGGUGGAAAGCUCUCCCUAUGGAACGGUGUACCUGUCUCCUCCCCCAGACAACAGCUGGAGAAGGGAGCAGCAGCCGUGGAGCGAAGAGAAACGGCCGGGAUAUAGAUUAAUAUCACAGCUCAACAGGACGAACUCUGACUCCGCCCUCCACACGAGCGCCAUGAGCCCCAAUCAGCAGGAUGCCUUCGGAAUGAACCAGCAGAUGGGCAGAGGGCCCCCACAGCGCAACGCAGCCAGCGUGAACGAGGUGGAGGUGGACGGCUCAGGAGACGUCUUCUCCUUCCCUACCCUGCCAAAUGACGAGGCCCUGAUUGGGGUCAGUAAGCCACUGCCCAAGCAGCUGUGGGAGGCCAAGAAGGUUCAGUCUCUCUCCUCGCGCCCCAAAUCCUGUGAAGUGCCUGGAAUCAACAUAUUUCCUUCCCCGGAGCCCAACGUCGGGCUUUCCCACUACCAGGGGACGUUAAACACGGGCGGGUCGCUGCCCGACCUCAGCAACCUGCAUUUCCCCUCGCCCCUGCCCACGCCCUUGGACCCCGACGAUGGGGGGUACCCCAACCUGAGCGGGGGGAGCAGCACCGGGAACCUGCCCGCGGCCAUGAUGCACCUGGGAAUCGGGAACUCGCAGGGUCUCUCCUCCUCUCUGAGCAACCCCUCCAUCCAGGCGUCCCUCAACAACUCCCAGCUGCACUCGUCUCUCAGUAACCCCUCCAUCCACUCGUCCCUGCGGCUGGCCUCCAUGUCCAACCCCCCGCCGGGGGCCCUCAGCAGCUCGCCCCGGAGGCGGCCGACGCCCAUCAGCCCCCUGACGCUGUCCCCCGGGGCCGAGCAGCGGCGGGGCCUGGGCAAGCAGCUGUCCCCCACCAUGUCCCCCUCCCUGUCCCCCAUCACCCAGGGGGUCGCCUUGGACACCAGCAGCCUGCCUAUGGAGCCGCCCCCUCCCUACCCCCUCUACCAGCAGUCCCAGCAGCCCAUGCAGCAGCAGCAGCAGGGCCACCCGGGCAUGCAGCACAGUUCCCAGCACCCCGCGGGGCAGGGCCAGGGGCAGCAGCAUCAGCAGCAUCAGCAGCAUCAGCAGCAGCCGUUGUCGCCGCUGCAGAACCUGCAUCUGGAUUUCAACUCCAGCGGGAACAACAUGGGGGCGUUCUUCGGCGAUCCUUUCAUGGACCCGCAGUUUUCCAAUCGGCAGUCUAAGUCCCUGUCCUAUCAGCUGGACCAGUUCGGCAUGUUGGAGAAUGCCAUGAGCUCAGGGGCCGGCGGAACCUGCUUCGACCCCAACCUCUACUACUCCCAGGCGGCGCUGAUGGGCCUGGGGGGUAGCCAUGGCAACCUGCAAGACUCGCUGCAGAUGAGGCAGAACAUGCUCUACUCAAACUGUGGGGGCGGAGUGCCCAACAUCAUCCUGACAGAUGACUCAAACCCCAGCCUGUCCAAGGACAUCAGCAGCGCCCUGUCGGCCGUGCCGGAGUGCUUCGACUCGGAGGGGGGCUUCCCCCUGGAGGACGAGCUGCGCAUCGAGCCCCUCAGCCUGGACGGCCUCAGCAUGCUGAGCGACCCUGACAUGGUGCUGCCCGACCCCUCGGUGGAGGACAGCUUCCGCAGCGACAGACUGUAGAGAGGGGGGAGACCAGGUGUCUCCCAACCCCCCCUUCCCCCCCCCCACCCUGUCAGUGCGCAGUGAAACACACACACACACACACACACACACACACAUACACAUGCACACACUUACACAAACACACACAGGCGUGCACACGCACACUUACACAAACGCGCACACACACACGUGCGCACGCACGCACACGUACGUGCGCACAAAUGCAGCGUCGUGUUUAAAAACGGAAACACCCGAACCGUGCGCAGACAGAAGCUAGCGUAAGCAAGCAUGGAGGACGCCUUCACACACACAACAGAAAGUGAGGCUGUAAACACACAGACACACACGCAGAUGCACAGACACAAACAGUGUAGUCUAAACACAGACAUGCCCCAUAUACAGAUGUCAUCACACCCUGGAGACUGGACUGCCAUUCAGGCCUGAGAUACAGAGUGAGAAAAGUCACACAGACACAGAGCCAUACGUUUGACUAGAACAAUAGAAGAUAUCUAUAAUCUGUGUGGUUAUUUAUGUACACACACACACACUAAACACCCACACACAUACACACACACACACCCACACACACACGUAUAUGCACCCACACACACACACACACACACACGAUGGGAAGACAUGGGCCUGUAUGCCACACAGGGCUGUUUUACUCUGAAUGAACAGCAUGCGUUGCGUAUAAGUGAACAUUGACGUUAAUGUGCACCUGCUCGGUCACCAUGACCAGACGCAGGACAGACCCCGGGCCCCGUCCAGAUCGACUCGUGAGGUCCCCUCACCCUUCUGCUCUCGGCCCAAGAAAAAAUAACCAAAAAAGAGCAUCUCCGGUAGAGAGCGCGGCGAGGUCUCUGCCUCCCGCCCACCCAGGGGCCCCUCUGCACGGUCAGACGAGGGCACGGCAGCGCUCCUUCCGGCAGGACACGGCCAGCCACCCGGUCGGCCUCUGUUCCAGCUCACUUACUCUCAAUCAGGGCUCAUCUGCAGGGGGGGAAAUACUGGUCAUUCUUUUGCACCAUGCUGAAGUGCAUUAGCAUUGAGCGCUACGGAACAGAGUGUGGGUGAGUGGCCUGUCCCUCCAUUUUGGAUCGCCGGCUCAGGCCCGGGAUGUCGAAUGCCAUGUUCCGAGUCACCAGCAGCUUUGAGCCCCCCCUGAUGACAUCAGCACCAGCAGUUUACAAAAUGGCAGGGUUCUGCCUCCGUGUUUCAGGACCUGAUACGUGCCACCAUGACCGUGUCAGCACUUCUUAUGCUACAUUUUAUACACAGAAAUGAGCCAGCAGCCAAAUACUCAUCACUAGGCCAGUCCCCCCCCCAAAAAAAUACUUCUAAUUAAAAUCCCAUGAUUAGAUUUUAAAAAACAAAGAUAAAUAUGAUAUGUUGAAAGUGAAGAAGCAAUUUAUCUUUCUGUACAGAGCAUUCUUAUUUUUAAAGUGUCUUUGCAUAUAUAUAUUUUUUGUACAAAAAAAAAAGUUUGCCUCAAGAUAAUCUUUGCAGUCAGCUUCAGAAUGUAUUUUUAAAAACAGACAAAAAGGGCAAACUGUUUACAAUGGAGAAAAUUAAAAACAAACGAAAAUGUAAGUUUGUGCUGAAAUUUCUGAGAAAAAAAUGGUUAGAUCAUUUUUUGGUGUAAUUGUAAUGGAAAACUUUGAUCUAUAUAUUGUCUGGUCUCACCUGAAUAGAUGCAACUUUACCCCUUUUCAAGAAAAGUGGACUGAUUUUCAAGCGCUUUAACUUCAAUCUGGCUAUGCAGGACCCAAUACAGAGGCCUAUGAAAAAGCUGGGACAUGCUUAGAUCGUGAAAAAGAAACUGCUUUACUUGUCCUUGUAGUACUAUAUAUCUAUCCAGUGUAUUCUUUUUACGAUUUUUAUACUGAAUGGUAAUGCAGGUCACAGCACACUAAAACCCUGUGUCUGCCCCCACCCUCUUCUCUUACUAUGAUCAGGUGCAUGAUGGGAUUGAUUUAAUAAAGUGUUGCAGAGAUAAAAGGCACUGUAUCUAACUGUAAACCUGUGAAUGAAACGGCAUGCUUAUUACAGUACGCUCAUUGCCUGCCUGCAGUUUGUAUGGAACCUGCAGCGAGAUUGCACCCCUGAUUUCAUUUGAAGGGAAAUAUUCUUCUCUUGCUUUAUGAAUUUGGCAUUUUCGUAAGAGCAUAAAGGCUGUUUAAAAGAGGUAUCAGUUGCUGUGCGAAUGUAGAGAUUAAUCUGACACCACCCCACAGAUCAAGGCUGAAGGAGAUGCCUUCUUGAACAUUGCUCCUGCUCCAUUUGAGAUAAGCGGGCUUCUGUCUGGGAACGAACUGAUUCCAAUGGGCAAUUUACUCAUUUGUGUUGUCAUGGCGUCCAUUUUGCCCUGAAAUGGAGCUCUAGGAUGUUGGUGAAAGGUAUAGAAGAGAUGACACAACAUUCCUGGAGGCUGUAGGCUUAACAGAUACUGAUCGCUUUAAUGAAGAGGAUUUUCCUCUGUCCUCUUCUUAUUCUGAAGAGUAGUGACACCGGAUGCGGUAAACCUCUUUGUGGUGUCCUGUCAGUAACCGUUCGAGCACGUGAUCGCUGCUCACAAAUGUGUUUGGCUCCCUCUGGUGUCCAUUUUUGUAGUCGUGUCUCUAUAAUUUUCCCAGUGAUUAUCUUGGCCCACAGUGUAACUGAACAGUGGUCAACUGAUUUUUGCAGCAUUCCAGAUAUACCCUGGCUCAACCGUGAGAAAGGUUUUCUGAGGAGAAUCACAGUGCAUGGGGUUCAUUUGUCCCUAGUUUAGCAUCAAGAUUUUGAAACCUUUUAAAUGACCGCUCAGUGAACGAAUUAUCAUCUACAUAUCAAGUGUGCUGCCUCCAUCUCUGAUACUGUGCCUCGCUGGAAGAAUAAGAUUGUAAGCAGCAUGUUUGCUUCGAAUUACCUUAACCUUUUAUCAAGCAUGAAGAUGCUGCUUUUUCUUCCGCUUGACUUCCAUUAUAUUCAAAUGCUCAGACUUACAGCCAAGCAUGAGGCUAAUCAUGUGCUGCAGUUCACCAGACAUCUCUCAUUGUAUAGGAGAGGGAAAGGGAAAAAUCGGUGGAACUACUGUAAGUUAAAAGAUUUUGUCAAUUCUUAAAUGUGUGAACAUUACCUGUGCAAAAAAAAAAAAAAGAUUUGAUUCUGUUUCACUUUGCAGUAGUAGCUUGUCCAUGUCAGUUAUGUUUUGUACUUUUAAACUGCAGCAUUGCAUUUGACUUAUGUCUGUACAUACUUGUGGAUUUUUAGGGUGUAUUGCAGCUGUGACCGCAGAAUUGGGAGCAUGUUUUGGAAUGCUUUGUAUCUGUUCUACCUAGUGAGCUUUCUGUUGCCCAAUCAGCUGAUGUAUCUUGACCCCCUAUGAUCUGUUCUAUUAGUCUCCCUACCGAUAAAACGCUCUAGUUUGUUACAAGCAAAUCCUCUAGGAUACUUAGUGCUGGUGGGACAUGGGGGCCUUAAAAAUAUUGGAACUAGAGAACGGAAGUGCAUCCUCCCUAAAUGUGCUUUUACUUUGGCCUGAUUGUAGUGUUUCUGAUUUAAGUUGAGGUGAGUGUUCCAGUCCACCCCGGUUUCCUACUGCCUGUGUGUGAAGUGUAGGGCGUGGUUCCAAUGAAGAGGUGGACCUUCACUUUAACCCCCUCAUGCGGGAAGGACCCCGUCUUUGAUUGCCUUACUAAACUGAACUUUGACCUCUCAUGUCCCUCUGCUAAAACUGUGACACUCAGAUCUCUUUCCGAGCCCUACUUCCAUUUAGCUGCAUUGCUUUUCUGCUUAUUCUGCAUAUUUUAAUUUCUUUUUUUGUUUGUUAUACUUUAUUAUUGAUGUUAAGAGCUUUUUAAAGGUUAUUCAUUUUUGUUGUUAGAAGGAAUUCAAAUUUUCUUUUUUGUUUUGUUUUGUUUGGUGUCUUACAAUGUUUUUAGUUACUUUUAAAACAAUGUACAGUUCUAUUAUUUAAAUAAUGUUUCUUGUCCACUAGUGUUACUACCUUUUUGUAAUGUCAUUAUAAAUCUUUCUUUUUCAGAUAUUAAAAUUUUACUACACCACAAAGCUUUGGUUUGUGACGUUAUAGUGCUUAACUUUGAUUUAAUAUAAACAAUAAAACUGUAUACAGUA